UAUAAUGGAAAAUACAGAAGAGUCAGAAUCCGAGUCAGAAUCUGAAAUUAAGAGAAAGGUGCAACAGAAACGUCACGGCAAUUCAUAUCAAUCUGACUUGACUUCUACAAAAAAAUGCUUAACUCAGUUAAAGCUUUUGGAACAAAUUGAUUAUUCUGCUGAUUGCCCAAAUUGUGGGCGGGCAAAUGAAAAUCAGACCAAAUGCCGACAUUGUGAAAGUGCUUCACUAAAGGAUUUACAAAGAGUCUCUAGACAAACUGUGACACUAAGUGAAUCUGUGGGACCUUUAUCACGUUCUUCAAUACAUCAGAAUUCAACAGGGCAAAAGUCUUCAGGUACAGGGUUCAACACAAAGAAGUUUUAUAGUUCUGCUGUUGGGAAAGGUCCAACGGAUAUUCUACUGAGCAAUGAAGUUGUAGGACAUUCUAUGUUACGACAGAAUGGAAAAGUUGGUCUUAUAACUGGGACAAAAAAUCCUAAAAUUACAGGAAGCUUAAGACAGAGGAGUACAAGACCAUCUGAACUAAAUGAUCCAAUUGUUUUGUCUAGUGAUGAUGAUGAGGAGGAUAGUGGCAGCACUAGGAGAAUGGAAAGCAUUUCACCUCGUCCUGCAGAUUCAGCCCGCUCCUCCCCAGCUCCUUCUACAGGAAAGGUGGAAGCAGCAUUAAAGGAAAACAGUUGUGGAAUAGAACAGAGAAUAGGUAGUAUAACAACAGAUACAGAAAUUGCAGUCACACUACCAAGAAAAGCAAGAAUGAAAGAUCAGUUUGGGAACAUUGUGUCUAACACUCCAAUAAAACGUCGUAAAGUUAUUUCUCAAGAGAUUGUAACUGAGGCUGUACCUGUAAAUUAUCAAAAUUCCUGUGAAAGUGUCAUUCUGAACUGUCGAAGUAUACGAAUAGGAACACUACGAAGAAUGGUAGUGGAACCUGUGAUUUUUUGCCUGGAUUAUAUCAAAAUACGCCUUGAAAGUCAAGAAGAAUCAGAAAGCGAUAUCCGAGAGAUUAACCUGAAAACUUCAGAACUUACCAAAUGUGAAUGGUGUAGUGUCCGAAAAUUACCGGUAGUUUUCCUACAAACAGUACCAUCAACCUGUAGUAGUCUGAGAGACCAACUGAAAAUGAGUAAAGAUAAUGUCUGGUACGAAUGUAAAGGAGAAAGUCAAGAAGAACAGUACAUCAUUUUGAUUUUUGAAACUGGUCUUGAUCCUCAUGCAAACACAAUAUUUGAAAAAAUAAUUAAUAGGAUUGGUGUGAGAAAUAAUAUUUCGAACUUCUUUGUGAAAAUUUCUUUUGAAGAAGCCAAUGGCAGGCUUGUUGCAUUUACUAAGUGUUUGGAAGACAAUUCCAAAGGCAGCCCAUCUCACAGAGAAAACAAAAUAAAAAAUGUUGCUUCUGAGUCUAAAAUGCAGCAGCGAAAUAAACAGUUACCAUAUUUUGAUGAUGAUGAAGAAGUUGGAGAACCACAUACAGUAUUUAUUGGUCCAAUAGAAAAGUUGAUAGUUUAUCCACCUCCUCCAGCUAAAGGUGGUAUUUCUGUGACCAAUGAAGACCUCCAUUGUCUAAAUGAAGGAGAAUUUUUAAAUGAUGUUAUUAUUGAUUUUUAUUUAAAGUAUUUGGUACUUGAAAAACUGAAAAAAGAAGAUGCUGAUAGAAUACAUGUGUUCAGUUCAUUCUUCUAUAAACGCCUUAAUCAAAGAGAAAGAAGAAAUAUUCAUGAAACUUCAAACCUUUCAAUACAACAAAAACGACAUGGACGAGUGAAAACAUGGACACGGCACGUUGACAUUUUUGAGAAAGAUUUCAUUUUUGUUCCCCUUAAUGAAGCUGCCCAUUGGUUUUUGGCUGUCAUCUGUUUUCCUGGUUUAGAAAAACCCAAAUAUGAACCAAAUCCCAACUAUAAUGAAAAUGCUACAACACAGAUAAAAUCUUCCUCUUCAGAUGGAGAGAGCAACACACCAUCGCCUUUGCCAAACGAGUUAGAUGCACAAAACUCGCCUUCCAAGUCCACAGCAAAGAAGACAUUGACCAAAAAGUACAAUACAGCUUUAAUUGACCCAAACACUGAAACAGAGGACAGUGAGUCUUCAUGUUGUAGAAGAAGUCCUUGUAGGGGAAAAAGUGCUUUCAAAAAACUAAAUCAAAUAGACAGUGAUGUGGAAGAACCUAACACUGUGGAAUCAGCAUGCCAUAAACUUGACCAUAGGACUCCAGAUGAAAAUGGUAUACAGGGUGAAUUCACAACUGCUAGCCAAUCUAUGGAUGGAUUGCACAAAAUCAGGCUAAACUAUAGUGAAGACUCAGCUGAUGGCAGUAAACUAAAUGAAGAUGAGCUUAUAGAUUUUUCUGAAGACCAAGAUAACCAGGAAGACAGUAGUGAUGAUGGUGGCCUUGUAGAUGAUAACUGUAAUUCAGAAAUGGGACAGUCGCACCUGAAGCCUACUAUCUGCAAACAGCCCUGCAUUUUGCUUAUGGACUCCCUGAGAGGCCCUUCCCGGUCAAAUGUUGUGAAAACACUAAGGGAAUAUUUAGAGGUGGAAUGGGAAGUCAGGAAAGGCAACAAAAGAAGCUUUUCCAAAGAUGUCAUGAAAGGUUCCAACCCAAAAGUGCCACAACAGAACAACUUCAGUGAUUGUGGAGUGUACAUACUGCAGUAUGUGGAGAGCUUUUUUGAG